AGGAAAAAUGGCCGCGGAGGCUUCCAGCCCCAUCGGAAGCGGAGUGCGCGUUUUCACAAGCCUGGCCCGAGAAGACGGGAAAAAGCGUAAAGUUCGUGAGCAUUGAUUGGCUGAAGCAAGAAGCGUUCUGGACACUGAUUGGCUCCAUUGUUCGCGGGAAGGAGUUUGUGGCACCAGCGGGAAGUGGAUUUAACACUGCGGCCGCAGCAGGGUUCUGAGGAGCUGGAGAAACCCGCUAGAUAGGCUUCUUCUGGACUUCUUUCCUGAGAGAGUCGGGACCAGGAUGUGGUUUAAUGCAUCUGAAAGCUACAGCAGCUCCUCCUUCGGCGGAGCGGGUGGCUACACGCAGUCCCCCGGGGGCUUCGGAUCGCCGACACUUUCGCAGGCUGAAAAGAAAUCAAGAGCCCGAGCCCAGCACAUUGUACCCUGUACCAUAUCUCAGCUGCUUUCUGCCACUCUGGUUGAUGAAAUGUUCAAAAUUGGGAACGUUGAGAUUUCACAGGUCACUAUUGUGGGUAUAAUCAGACAUGCAGAGAAGGCCCCAACCAACAUUGUGUACAAAAUAGAUGACAUGACAGCUGCGCCCAUGGAUGUUCGCCAGUGGGUUGACACAGAUGAUGCCAGCAGUGAAAACACAGUGGUUCCUCCAGAGACAUAUGUGAAAGUGGCUGGCCAUCUGAGAUCUUUUCAGAACAAAAAAAGCCUUGUAGCAUUUAAGAUCAUGCCUCUGGAGGAUAUGAAUGAGUUCACCACCCACAUUCUGGAAGUUGUCAAUGCACACAUGAUCCUAAGCAAAUAUAACAGCCAGCCCCCAGCAGGAAGAGCACCUAUGAGCAAUCCAGGAAUGGGUGAAACAGGGAUCUUUGGUGGGAAUAGCUCCAUACCAGCAAAUGGCCUCACUGUGGCUCAAAACCAGGUGCUGAAUUUGAUUAAGGCUUGUCCAAGACCUGAAGGACUGAACUUUCAGGAUCUCAAGAACCAGCUCCAACACAUGACUGUAGCCUCAAUAAAGCAAGCUGUGGAUUUUCUCAGCAACGAGGGACACAUCUAUUCCACUGUGGACGAUGAUCAUUUUAAAUCCACAGAUGCAGACUAACGGAUCUAAUUGAGUUCCCGAGGCAUUUUCCAGCUGGACCUGUUCUCCUAGUAUGUUUUCUCCCACUGUGCAUCUGUUUGGCCAGUUGGCUUCUAGGGAGUAGGUUUCAUCUAGAAAGGAUCUCACUUAGCAUCCUUUUGAAACUUGCUACUCUUCUGGCUUUUUGUUUGUGGUUAUUUUUGUUUCUUGAAGCUCAAUUUUGGACAGUUGAUAAGAAUGUAAACCUGGGUGGAUUUUCUUAAGGAAGUUACAGAUUGGGGCGCCUGGGUGGCUCAGUCUGUUAAGCGUCUGCCUUCAGCUCAGGUCAUGAUCCCAGGGUCCUGGGAUCCAGCCCCAAGUCAGGCAGGGGUCUGCUUCUCCCUCUGCCCCACCCCUGCUUAUGCUCUCUCUCCCUUUGAGAUAAAUAGAUAAAAUCUUUUAAAAAUGAAGGAAGUUAUAGAUCAGCUGUUUACAACAGCACAGAUGGAAAUGGAAGAAACAUGCUACCAAGGGAGUUGGGUGGUACUACUUCCAGGAUACGCAGGAGUUUCUGCUCCUGUAAUGUUCCCUGUGGAGAGAAGAUGAGCCGGACUGGGACCUUCAGCAGGGAGCUAGCCCAGAAACCCACUAACUCUGCCUGAUUUUGUUCCCACCCUUUGGUUGGUUAUAUGGUGUUAUUUUCAGAAUUGCACUUUCCUUUACCUGUCAUGACUGCUUCCAAAAGUGCGUUUUUAUGAACACGAAGUUCUGUGGUGGCCUCAUGAGGGUAGAGGGGAGAAGGAUGUUUGCUUGAUUUUGUACCAAAUAAGUACAUCAGUAUGUUUAAAAAUAAAAGCUCUGUUGUAGAAUUUG